AUGGGAAGCUGGAUAGGACAUAUAGCACCGGGUGUGUUUUUUAUUGUAUUUGCGUUAUGGUGGCAUAUACAUAAUUCACUGCGUUAUAUUCGAUCAAUAAAACCAAAUGGGCAUAAAUUUCAUGGAUCAACAACCUAUCCAUGUUCUUGUUUACCUUCGCAUUAUUUACGUAGUUUACCCAUUGAAAGCAUUAUGAAAUUAUUAAUUACAUCAAUUCAUUUUACAAUUGAAAUUGUCACCGGUUAUCACACAUCGCCUAAACCUUUCAUUGAUGAUGAAAAUUCACAUCAUACAGCAAUGUUAUUCGGCUUUUGGGUGGGCGCUUGGAUUGAAAUAUUAAUUCACAAAGGCGUACCAUUACCGAAAAAGAUUCCACAGACGAUGGGUUUUCUCGCAUUUGCUAUAGAAGCUUUAAUGAUGGUAUUUCAUUUGCAUGCCCGUUCGAUGGUCGAUGCCCAUGUUCACAAACUAUUAGCAUUAACCAUCGUUUGUAGUAUGAUUGGAGCACUAGGUGAAAGUUAUGAUCCAAAUAAUUUCUAUCUUAUUCUCGGUCGAUCAUUAUUCGCAAUGACUCAAGGUACAUGGUUUCUGCAAAUAGCUUUUGUUAUUUGGCCACAAACAACCAAUCGUUUAUUUAUAUGGGAUAUGAAUGAUCAUCGAAGUAUUUCUCUUCUCACAAUGUCAUUUGCCUACCAUUUAGCGGGUACGCUUUUUUGA